AUGGACGGGGCUCCGCCGGCUGCCAGCCCCGCCGGGCUCUCGGCAUAUGUGCUCGUGUCGCAACUGCUAGGCCUGACGCUGCUGGCCACCACGGGUGCCUGGCUGGGCCGCUACCGGGGCGGCGUGGCCUGGCACAGCCCCCUCCAGUUCAAUGUCCACCCCCUCUGCAUGGUGCUGGGCAUGGUUUUCCUCCAAGGUGACGCUCUCCUGGUCUACCGGGUCUUCAGGCACGAAGCCAAGCGUUCCACCAAGGUGCUGCACGCGCUGCUCCACGGCCUGGCGCUGGUCAUCGCCCUCGUCGGCAUCAUCGCCGUCUUCGAGUCCCACCGGACCAAGGGCAUCCCUGACAUGUACAGCCUGCACAGCUGGUGCGGGAUGGCCACCUUCGUGCUCUACCUCCUGCAGUGGCUCCUGGGCUGUGGUUUCUUCCUGCUCCCCGGUGCCUCCUUCUCGCUGCGUGGCCGGUACAAACCCCAGCACGUCUUCUUCGGUGUCGCCCUUUUUGCCCUCUCCAUCGCCGUCUGCUUGCUGGGCAUCACUGAGAUGCUCCUCUUCAACAUCAGGGACUCCUACAGCCACUUUGUGCCUGAGGGUGUCCUGGCCAACACCCUGGGGGUGCUGCUGGUGGCCUUCGGGCUGGUGGUGGGCUACGUGUUGACGCGGGACGACUGGAAGCGCCCGCCACUGGCCGAGGAGCUGGCCCUCUCCAUGGACUUCAAGACCCUGACGGAGGGUGAGAGCCCCGGCGGCGGCAGCCAGUGA